AUGGCCACCACGGUCGCGCAUUCCGGUUUCCUGGGCGGCGUCAAGCAGGAAUUCCAAAAGCUCAGAGACCACAUCAGCACAGAUCACAGCAACCCGCCGUCGCCGCACCAAGACACAUCCCCGACCGGCAAUCGGGGCGAGGAGGACUUGCACACAGCACAGCAUGAAGGCGAGCGUGAGGCCGAACAAGAAAAACUCAAGCUCAGCGACUUCAAUCUCGUGCGGACGUUAGGGACAGGCACAUUUGCUCGAGUCUGCCUCGUACGCCCAGCCCGCGGCACAGACGAGGACAAAGAAAAGGUCUUUGCCCUCAAAAUCCUUCGCAAGGCCGAGGUCAUAAAAUUGAAGCAGGUCGACCACGUGCGGCACGAGCGGCAAAUCCUUGGCGAUGUUGCUGGGUUCCCCUUCAUCACGGAGCUCAUGGCGUCCUUCUCCGACCAUGACUCUUUAUACAUGCUUCUAGACUAUGUCCCUGGAGGCGAACUAUUCAGCUAUCUCCGCCGCCAUCGCCGGUUCCCCGAAGACUGGGCGCAGUUUUAUUCCGCCGAGAUUGUGCUCGUUCUCGAGUACCUUCACGAACAACAAGGUGGCGUGGCUUAUCGCGACUUGAAGCCGGAAAAUCUUCUCAUCGACGCCGAAGGCCAUGUCAAACUGGUUGAUUUUGGAUUCGCCAAGAGGCUGGGGCACAAGGAUGACAGGCCAGUCGAGACCUAUACACUGUGCGGCACCCCAGAGUACCUUGCCCCAGAAGUGAUACAAAACAAGGGCCACACGACGGCUGUGGACUGGUGGGCGCUGGGAAUCCUCAUAUACGAGUUCCUCACGGGCUACCCGCCAUUCUGGCACCAGAACCCAAUAGAGAUCUACAAGCAGAUCGUGGAGAAGCCAGUCGUCUUUCCAGCCGACCCGCCCAUCUCGGACAACGCACAGAACAUCAUCCGCUCUUUCUGCACAGUAGACCGGACCCGCCGUCUUGGAAACAUAAGUGGCAACGCCAAUGCCGUCAAGUCACAUCCCUUCUUUGACGGCAUCGACUGGGACGCCCUCCUGAACAGGCAGAUCUCACCGCCCAUCGUCCCGCAGGUGCGCUUCCCCGGCGACGCCCAGUGCUUCGAUCUGUAUCCGGAGGACGACGGCAAGCGGGAGCCGUACACCGAUGAACUGGCGAGUAAGUACGACCAGUACUUUAAGGACUUUUGA